CCGCGCGCCGCCGGGCCAAUGAGCCCGGGCACCUCCCUCUCACGUGCCCGCCCCCGCCCCCGCCCCCAGGCGGCUCCGGGCCGGGCGGUGCCGGCGGGGCCCGGCGAUGGCGCGCAGCGGGCGGGCGGUGGCCGCGGGGCUCGGCGCCGCCGGCAGGCACCUGGCUUCCUGUGGUAUUCUGAUGACCAGAAUUUCUUCUUUGCAAGUACCUGUAAUGAGCCAUGCCUUUUCAAGAAGUUUCUUCAACAUUGCUGCACCACUAGUAAAUAAAAGAAAAGAAUAUUCUGAAAGAAGAAUUAUAGGAUAUUCUAUGCAGGAAAUGUAUGCAGUUGUUGCUGUUGUGGAAGAUUACAAACUGUUUGUGCCAUGGUGUAAGAAGUCAGAUAUAUUAUCAAAGCGCUCUGGAUACUGCAAAGCACAGCUAGAAAUAGGAUUUCCUCCUGUUUUAGAAAGGUACACAUCAGUUGUUACCCUCGUGAGGCCACAUUUAGUUAAGGCAUCCUGCACAGACGGAAGGCUAUUUAAUCACUUGGAAACAGUGUGGCGUUUCAGCCCAGGUAUCCCUGGCUAUCCAAGGACAUGUACAUUGGAUUUUUCUAUUUCUUUUGAAUUUCGUUCACUUCUACACUCACAACUUGCUACGCUGUUUUUUGAUGAAGUAGUCAAGCAGAUGGUCACUGCCUUUGAAAGAAGAGCAUCCAAACUCCAUGGCCCAGAAACAAGCAUACCUCGGGAGUUAAUGCUUCAUGAAGUUCAUCAAACGUAAUGGGGAAAAUUUCAACAACCUCCAUUAUAAACUUGUUUGUACACUCUGUACAAGAGGUGGCAUGCUCCUUUUUGGGGCAUCUAUUUCAUAUCUGAGCUUUAUAUGUAAUUUUAUACUGUACAAAUCACGCACAUGUUCAGCUAGAUCAAUGUAGUCUAUUCAAGCUGCUAUCAAGUGCAAUUCAAAGUGUUAUCAGUAACAGACAAUUGGCAUCUACUGUUACACAAGAUAACUCAGGCUGCCGUUUAUUAACCUGCCAGUUUCUGUAAUCACAGUGUAAGCUCUGCCUUAUAAAACAAGCUAACGUUCUUUUCAGUGUUGUAAUAUAUUAACUCAAGUUUAAGUUAUUAGUAGCAUGAAUGUAAUUUACCAGCAUCACCUCAGUCAGCUCAGGCCAAGUGAAGGGAGAUUCUGACAUUUUAGCCUUAGGGAGUAGAGUACAGUGUGUCCAACAUCAACUAGCAGGUGCUUUUGAUCCACAUCGAUGACAAGGAUUAACUCAGGAGUCGCCAACUGCUGUUGAAUUCUGACCAGCAACUGUUAUAGAAAAAAAAAAAAAAAAGCAGCCUUAACACUGAGUUUUCGUAAUAGGUACCUAUAGUGCCAAGUACAGCACUUUCAGCUAUAUCCAGCGGUUCUUAGCUGUCUGGGCUCCAGACAGUGUUGUAUUUACAGUACAUUUGGCAGGCUGAAUUUGCCCACCUGCCCCUGUUUCACUGUUAGGCAUUGUAUUGAGGUUAUGCUACAUAAAUCUCAGCUAGUGCAAAACACGGUAAACGUCAGCUCAGCAAGCAUGACAGCACGGAGGCAUCAUCUUCUGUACCACAUAGCUGUGGAAGGAGGGAAUGAGCUGUCCUCCACUUCGCACAGCAUAAAUACAUCCAAGGCCACUGGUUAUUCAGUAAUGUGCAAUAUAGAGCUAGAUCUUAGUUGUCUCAUUUCAGUACUUAGCUUCCAUUUAUGUAUGGUACUAGCUAUCUUGAGCUGAUUUUCAGUAGUUCUGUUCCUUAGAUUAUUACUCUUUCCAGUCUCCAAAGAAACCUAAGUAAAUAAGGUUGGAAUAAAUUUAGUCUCCUCCCUAUGCACCUUCUUAAAUUACAGAAGGUCAUGAUGGAAUUAGGUGAAGCUUCAGAUGCAUUUCACAGCUGAAGCCAGUCUGCUCUUCCAAAGCAUCUGAAUUCAUGUGGUUACUACAGAAUAGGUGGCAACAUACUACAUAACGUACUAAGUUUCAGGAUAUAGACUGCCCUGCAGCAGUUUCAGAGCAUUUACACACUGUCCCAGAAAAAGCAAUUAAAAAUUCAUACAGGAUGUGUGAAAGAUGGUUUGUAGUUGUAGACAGCUAGAUUAAGUGGUCAGUUUUAAAGCACCUAGGAAGUUGCAAAACAAUUUUAUGUACUGAAACAAUGAAAGAAAAACAUACGUGAGUUUGGGAACACCAUUACUUGGAAGUGUUUGCAAAAUGGAGUUGGGAAGCAGAGAGAAAAGAUGUUAGGGUUAUUAGCUGUGUCAAGUCAGGAAACAGUAGGUGGCAUUCAAAGCUGUCUUUAAGUAUGAAACCACAUCUACUGCUGACAAUUUAAACAUAAUUCAGAAGGCUGGAAGACUAUAAGGCUCAAACCACAGAGAUAACUACAUAAUAUACCCAAGCAAAAGUAGUAUUUAAGAAGCUCAGAAGCGUUUCUUAGCUAAGACAACUUACCUGUUUCAUACCCUCAGGGCACUUGCCCUCCCACAGUACUGUGAAAGAGUCAGUCAGCCUGUUCCAGCAUGUGCAACGAGCAAUAUGAAAAGGGCAAAAUAAAGUCACUGCGCGUGCCUUGUUUUCACAGCAUUGUUUAAUAUUGCAAAGAACUGUUGUGGCAGCUCAGCUUAGAUACUUCUUACCAAAAUUUAAGUCACUCAUAUUUCCAAUUAACAUUUUUGACAGAGGAAUGUUUCUUGGAGAGUAAUGUCCUCCAGUUUUUCCAAGCACAAGAGUCAGAUUUCUAUUAAAUCUUAGAAGCGGGCUAUCAAGCUUCUCCCAGAACUGUGGCUUGGUGUACAGAUGAAUAAGGUGAUACAUUUCAUACUUUUUGAGCAGAUUGUUUUAUUACAUAAAGGUCACGUAAGUGUAUAUUUGUCUACUUUGUACACAAUUGUCUAGUCUCACGCACAGUGGCUUCCAAGUUCUUCCUAGUACUGGCAAGCACCAAUAAAUUCUGAAACAGAA